AUGCAGACAGGGAACAGCACUGGAGUGACUGAAUUUAUCUUGACAGGAUUGUCCCAUGAACGUGGAAUCCAACUUUUCCUGUUUGUCGUCUUCCUCACGUUCUACCUGAUCGUCCUUCCAAGUAACGUUUUGAUCAUCAUCACCAUCCGAGGUGAUCCUCAUCUCAGCUCACCCAUGUAUUUCUUGUUAGCCAACUUGGCUUUCUUAGACAUCUGGUAUUCCUCCAUCACUGCCCCCAAAAUGCUGGUGGACUUCUUUGCAGAACGCAAGAUAAUUUCCUUUGGAGGGUGCAUUGCCCAGCUCUUCUUCCUCCAUUUUGUGGGUGCCUCUGAGAUGUUCCUACUCACUAUCAUGGCCUAUGACCGCUAUGUUGCCAUAUGCCGGCCCUUGCACUACACCAACUUGAUGAGCCGGCGCCUGUGCAUCAUUCUGGUGAUAGCUGCUUGGGCUGGGGGCUUUGUCCACUCCUUCAUCCAAGUGGUGCUGAUCCUCCGUCUCCCUUUCUGUGGACCCAAUGAACUGGACAAUUAUUUCUGUGAUAUUACCCAAGUGCUGAGGAUCACCUGCGCCAACACCUUUGCUGAGGAGAUGGUGAUGAUCUUCAGCAGUGGCCUCAUCUCUGUGGUCUGCUUCGUGGCCCUUUUGGUCUCGUAUGCCUUCUUGGUCACCAUGCUGAAGAAGAACACUGGUGACUCAGCUAGGAAGGCCCUUUCCACUUGUUAUUCCCACAUCACCAUUGUAAUUUUUAUGUUUGGUCCUGCCAUCUACAUCUAUGCCCGGCCCUUUGAUGAAUAUGCCCCCGACAAGGUGGUCUCUGUCUUCCACACCAUAAUUUUCCCCCUCUUGAAUCCCAUCAUUUACACCCUCAGGAACAAGGAGAUCACUACAGCCAUGAAGAAGGUAGUCACCCAAUACCUCUUUUGCAAGAAAAACUAA